GCACCGCUGGCUCCCAAUAGCGCACAAUGAGCUAGCGCUGGGCGCCGGAAGUGGGGCCGAAGGAAAACACGGAGAGGGAGCCGGCCGGGACAGGAAGAGGCAGGGGGACCGGGGCUGAGGCGGUGCAAAGUAAGAAAAUUGAAGUCAAAGACCAUGGGAGAUGCAACAAAACCUUAUAUUGUGAAGGGCACUAAAGGCCGAGGAACUGUUGAUGAUGAUGAUUUCAGAAGGGGUCACCUCCAACAAGAUUAUUUAGUAAUGGAUGAUUAUGUUAAGGGCCAUAGCAGUAAAAUGGAAAAAAGCCUGCCAAAAAAAAGGAUAGCACCUGGGAACUAUGGCAAUACACCCAGAAAAGGACCUUAUCCUGUUUCUAGCAAUCCAUAUGCAUUUAAAAACCCAAUUUACAGUCAGCCCAUUUGGAUGAAUGACAACCACAAAGAUCAGAGUAAGAGAUGGCUGUCCGAUGAACUUACUGGUAAUUCAGACAACUGGAAGGAAUUCAAACCUGGACCUAGAAUUCCCAUCACAAGCAGACCAAGAAAAGACUCCUUUCAAGAAACUGAGGAUGGUUAUAGGUGGCAGGAUGGAAGAGGAUACAGGACUGUGAAACGCCUGUUUCCUAAAGACCUGACAAGUCCUGAGACCAUGUCAGAACUAGAAGCUGGAAAUCCUGAAAACAAUAGGAAGCAGCGAUCCCGACCCAGGAAGCCACGGAGGACUAGAAAUGAAGAGAGUGAGCAAGAUGGAGACUUGGAAGGUCCUGUGAUUGACGAGUCUGCACUUUCCACAAAGGAGCUGCUGGGCCUGCAGCAGGCUGAGGAGCGGCUGAGGAGAGACUUCAUUGACAGGCUAAAAAGGAGACCACGAAACUGCCCCACAGCAAAAUACACCUGCAAACUCUGCGAUGUUCUGAUUGAGUCUGUUGCAUUUGCCCAUAAGCAUAUCAAAGAGAAGAGACACAAGAAAAACAUGAAGGAAAAGCAGGAAGAAGAAUUGCUCACUACACUGCCUCCACCAGUGCCCUCCCAGGUAAGGGCAGUCGGCAUUGCCAUUGACAGAGUGGUGCAGGAGUUUGGCCUACACAGUGAGGACUUGGAACAGAGGCUGGAAGUUAAACACAUCAUGGGAAGUGUGCUCCAGCACAAGCUACCAGAUUGUUCUCUAAGAUUAUAUGGGUCUUCCUGUAGCCGAUUGGGUUUCAAAAAUUCGGAUGUAAACAUUGACAUUCAAUUUCCAGCCAUUAUGUCUCAACCAGAUGUCCUCUUACUUGUUCAAGAAUGUUUGAAAAACAGUGACUCCUUCACUGAUGUUGAUGCUGAUUUCCAUGCUAGGGUUCCAGUAGUGGUAUGCAGAGAGAAGCAAAGUGGUCUCCUUUGUAAAGUGAGUGCAGGAAAUGAAAAUGCCUGUCUGACAACAAAACACUUAUCUCUCCUUGGAAAACUAGAACCAAGGCUGGUUCCUCUGGUGAUCGCAUUUAGGCACUGGGCAAAGCUCUGCAGUAUAGACCGCCCUGAAGAAGGAGGCCUGCCACCUUAUGUAUUCUCCCUGAUGGCCGUUUUCUUCCUUCAGCAGAGGAAAGAACCUCUUCUGCCAGUAUAUCUAGGAUCAUGGAUUGAAGGAUUCUCAUUAAACAAACUAGGAAACUUCAACCUUAAAGAUGUUGGGGAAGAUUUUGUGAUCUGGGAAUAUACUGAGAAUGCUUCUGGGGACACAAACACAGCCAAAGAGGUGGCUCCAAAAGAAAUGCCAGUCAGAAAGGGACAGGUAUCAUUAAUGUUUGACAUAAAACACCAGCCUUCAGUACCAGUUGGGCAGCUCUGGGUGGAGUUGCUGCGAUUCUAUGCUUUAGAAUUUAAUCUGGCUGAUUUAGUGAUAAGUAUCCGUGUCAAAGAAUCAGUAUCUCGGGAAUCAAAGGAUUGGCCUAAAAAGCGCAUUGCCAUUGAAGAUCCCUACUCUGUUAAGAGAAAUGUGGCAAGAACCCUAAAUAAUCAACCUGUGUUUGAAUAUAUACUUCAUUGUUUAAGGACAACAUAUAAAUAUUUUGCUCUUCCACAUAAAGUUGGAAAAUCCAGUCUUCCAAAGCCUCUGAGCCCAGUUUCAUGUAUUUCAGAACAUUGUAAAGAAGUAGAAAAUUAUGAUCCAGGUAUAAAAGCAAAAGAUGAUAAGCUUAGAAACUCAGUUUUGGCCCAAAGUCCUGGUGCUAUUACCACAUCAACUACAAAUACCCAAAAUGCACAGCCAUUGUCUCUUAGAGAAAUGAUAAAAAGCUCUGGAAGUCUACCAACAGAAGAAAUGGGAAAUGACAUCAGCAUCCACCUAGAAGACAUAAGCUAUGUCCAGGCACAAGUAGAAAGAGGAGGUAAAAGUGAGAAAAAGAAAAUUGAAAGGGAGGGCAACUGUGGAGAGCUGGUAGCCUGUGGCAGUGUACAUAAUUAUGGGACAGGAUGUGCUUUGGAAUUAGACGGCCUCCACAAUCCUAUGACUAAAAAAUGUGAUGGAUUUGCUACCUUAGAUGACAAGACUAAUUUUGAAGAAAGUACAGAAGGUACCAGUGAGCUAGAAGAUUCUGUGAACCACAUUUCCCCUGUAAUCCAAGACCAGACAUCACAAAUCAUUCAGUUUGACGAAGAAGAGGAAAAAGAACCCAGACUUGCCUUUAACGAACAGGAAGUCGAGGAUGACAUUGCUAAUGAAGAUGAGUUAGACAACACCUAUACUGGAUCAGGGGAUGAGGACACCCUGUCUGAAGAGGAGGAUGAGUUAGUUGACCUUGUUAAAUAUGAGGACUUGAAAGAACGUGGAAAAUAUAUAGAUGAAGCUCUGCUCAUGGAACUUAAUGAAAUAAAUCUUAAAGAGGAAAAUGUACAGGAAGAAAACUCACCUGUGGAUCAGUCUGAUUUCAUCUAUGAAUUUAGUAAACUUAUCUUCACCAAAGGCAAGUCUCCCACAGUAGUGUGCAACUUAUGUAAACGAGAAGGACACCGGAAAAAGGACUGUCCUGAAGAUUUCAAAAGAAUCCAGCUGGACCCUUUACCUCCACUGACACCCAAGUUUUUGUAUAUCUUAGAUCAAGUUUGCAUCCAGUGUUACAAGGAUUUUUCUCCAAAUACUUUAGAAGAGCAGGCUCGUGAACAUAUUCGACAAAACCUAGAGAGUUUCAUAAGACAGGACUUUCCAGGAACUAAAUUGAGCUUGUUUGGCUCCUCCAAAAAUGGAUUUGGAUUCAAACAGAGUGACCUUGACAUUUGUAUGACAUUUAAUGGACAUGAAACUGCUGAGGGGUUAGACUGUGUAAGAACUAUUGAAGAAUUGGCAAGAGUCCUCAGAAAACAUUCAGGUUUGAGAAACAUCUUACCUAUUACAACAGCAAAGGUGCCAAUUGUGAAAUUCUUCCAUUUGAGAAGUGGUCUGGAAGUAGAUAUCAGUUUGUAUAACACAUUGGCCCUUCAUAACACAAGACUUUUAUCUGCUUAUUCAGCCAUUGACCUCAGAGUGAAAUAUUUAUGUUACACAAUGAAAGUAUUUACAAAGAUGUGUGAUAUUGGUGACGCAUCUAGAGGCAGCUUAUCCUCAUACGCGUACACACUCAUGGUGCUGUAUUUCCUCCAGCAGAGGAGUCCACCAGUCAUUCCUGUCCUCCAAGAGAUGUACAAAGGUGAAAAGAAACCUGAAAUAUUUGUUGAUGGCUGGAAUAUUUAUUUUUUUGAUCAAAUAGAUGAACUGCCUACCUGUUGGCCAGAAUAUGGGAAAAAUACAGAAUCUGUUGGACAGCUAUGGCUGGGACUUCUUCGUUUCUACACUGAGGAAUUUGAUUUUAAAGAACAUGUUAUUAGCAUCAGGAGAAAAAGUCUACUUACAACUUUUAAGAAACAGUGGACCUCAAAAUACAUUGUUAUUGAAGAUCCCUUUGAUUUGAAUCAUAAUCUUGGAGCUGGAUUAUCAAGAAAAAUGACAAAUUUUAUAAUGAAAGCCUUUAUCAAUGGUAGAAGAGUAUUUGGCAUUCCAGUCAAAGGAUUUCCAAAGGAUUGCCCCUCAAAAAUGGAAUACUUUUUUGAUCCAGAUGUACUCACUGAAGGAGAGCUGGCCCCAAAUGAUAGAUGUUGUCGAAUUUGUGGGAAAAUUGGACACUUUAUGAAGGACUGUCCCAUGAGGAGAAAAGUAAGGAGACGGCGAAAUCAGGAAGAUACUCUGCACCAAAGAUACCCUGAGAGCAAAGACAAAAAAAGCAAAGAGGAAAAAGAAAUUCAAAACAAAUACACAGAAAGGGAGGUAUCAGCAAAAGAAGACAAGUCUGUGCCAUGUGCAGCACAGAAAGCCAAGACUGUGAGGGCAGCUGUUGACCCUGGGAGAGAGAAGAUUUUCAGGCCACCUGUAGAAAAAUGGAAGCGGCAGGACAAUAAAGACUUAAGAGAAAAGCGCUGUUUCAUUUGUGGAAGAGAAGGGCACAUUAGAAAAGAAUGUCCACAGUUUAAAGGCUCUCCAGGUGUGUCUAAGUCAGAUCCUUGUGUGUUUGGAACCCCUUCUUCACCUAGCCCUUUGAGACCAGCUGGUCCGUUUGCUCAGGCAGUGAUUUUACAUGAAGACAAAAAGAAACAAAAAACAGCAAUAUUUUUGAGUCCCCAGUCAGGAAGCCUUUCCAGUAAAUACAUGACUCAGGGAAAAGCCUCGGUGAAGAGGAGCCCACAGGAAUCAUGAGGGAAGGAAGACGCAGCACUCUAAAUGACACUCAGGCGUCCUUAUUCACUCGGAAAAUUAGGUUCAUUUCACAGGACACAGCAGCAUAGAUCAGGCUUCAACUUCACAUUCUAGGAAAAUGUCAGAUUUUUUUUAAUAUAAUGAAAUUGUUAAUGAAAAAAUUUUAAUGUCUUAUCUACCACCAAUCCCCAUAGAUUUUAAUAGAAAGCCAUGAUAUAUGUAUUUAAGCCAAGUUAAAAGAAAAAAUGUAACUAUGGGCCAGUAUUCAGUGAAUAUGGCUUCAUGGUUUUUAAUUCUUUCAAAGCACACUAAAAAUGGUGUGCUGAUAAAACCCAAGUACAUUAACUCCUUUUUUCCUAUAAAUCCCUUUUUUGUUUUGAAGAGGGGAAAUAUAUUUAUUGUUUACUGAAUCCUCAUGUGGAAGGUAUCAAGUGUGUGAACUGCUACUGCUGUACUUAGUACUUCAGAACAUUAUUUUACCGCUCUCUGUAGAAGUGAACACAGGAACUGAGUCCUAUUUAUGGGAGCCUCUGUGGGCACAACACACAGUGCCACUGUCAGGGCACUGGUGUUUCCCACUGACAUUUAAUAAAUCAACAUUGAACUACUAUGCUUGGCAAAAAGAAAUCAGGAAAACAAGUGGCCCUGUUUGCCAGUAAAAACAUAAAGAUGAUAAAAGUACUUUUUACUUUUUAUGAUAUUCAGAAAUUAGGGAGGAGAACUUUUAACCCCCACCCUAAGAUCAGAGCCCGUCUGAGCCAAUCCUGAGUGUGGUUGCUCUCUUUCUGGAUCUGACUGGAGCCCUCACAGAACUGUUUCUCUUAACUCCACAAGUUUUUCCAAAGUACUACGUGGUCAAAACUAUGCCUCGCUUUAUUUAUCAUUUUGAAAUAAAAUUUCAACCUGUAAUUUUACCCACAUUACUUUCUAAUGAAAGAGUCCUAAAUUUCAUUAAAGAAAAUAAUUUCCGGAGGAGGGCCAGUGCAAAUGUACACCUCUUGUGCUUCUGCCCCACCACUGUUGUGCAACAGUACAGCCCUGUGCCAGGUGCUAACAUGCACACCCCACGGGCUGGCACUGACAACUGCAGAAAGGAUUAGUAGAGAAGAGAAGACUCAGAAGAUAAUGCCUGUGUGCCCUUCUCUUACAAAGCUGGUUUGCCAAGUAUGAUGGUGCACAUGUGUAAUCCCAGAAUUCUGGAAGGCUUGAAGCGGAAGGAUCACAAACUCAAUCCCAUGUUUGGACAACUAGAUGACUUAACAAGACCCUACCUCAAAGUACAAAAGGCUGGAGACUUACUCCGAAGUACCUGAGUUAACCCCUAAUACUGUACCAAGAAAAAGGGAAAAGAAUUAGAGAACCUAUUCUAGCUACAGAAGAAUUCUAUCAAAAGUAAAAACUUUAGAAUUUGCAAGUUCUGGCAAACAAUAAAAUGGUUGUUCCUCCACAGUUUGAAUCCUCGUGAUCCUGCAGCCUGGGCUGCCCCUUGUGUGCCCUUCCUCCGUUGCUGAGCUGCCUCUGCCUUCUGGUGGAGUUGCUGCAGCCAACUCUGGCCAUACUUUGAAAGACCUGUCGUGCUCUUCUGUUGUCUUCUGGCAUUAUCAAAGAAGUCAAGUUCAGCCAAAUUUGUGUUCCUUUGUAGUUUUUUAUUUUCCUGUUGGGGGUACUCCUGUGUUUUUGUUUAUCCUUAUA